AUGGCCACACCCCCGGAAAUCACUACCAAGAAUCUCACUGGCAUUUACCUGCACAACAAGACGCUCAGCGAUAGCACCGACGAGAUCCUUAGAUUGCAGGGCGUUUCUUGGUUCAAGCGCAAGGCCAUUGCCAACUUUAACUUGACUCUUUACGUCAAGCACACCACCGGCGAUGAUGGCUUUGAGCAUAUUGACAUCGACCAGCGGCUCUCAGGAGGUAUUCCAGGUACCACGGAGAAUCGUGUCAUGAAUUGGGAAGACCGCCACACGAACGACGACCUCUUCGGCGCCGUCGUAGGCAAGUCACGUCGGGUCAGUCUCGAUGAGAUCGAAGACGAGUUCCUCAAGACUGGUUGGACCCAGGACACUGUCGAUGAUCAGGCUAUUGAGGCGCUGGCAUGGAGUGAUACCCCAAUUAGUGGCAAAGAUUGGAGGGCCAACCAGAUAUGGGGCUUCGAAGAGAAGGACGGAGUUAGGAGAUAUGCUAGGCACAUCAAGUUCACUUCUUCUGAAAGAAACCCAAUACCUCUGUUGGGAGGUAGUUACGGCAUUCGAGGAUUCCGUUUCCCCAUCCCCAUCGAACCCUAUAUUAUCCGUUUCACUCGCCCCUUCCGAUCUCCUUGGCUGCUGGUCGUCCUGGGAGCUGCGUACAUCGUCGUGUUUGCAUUCCUUGCGCGAGCUCAGUGGUACCUCACGCCAGCUGAUGCGUUCGUGGACUGUACUUCAGUUUACUGGGUCGAGAAUGCCGGAUGUGGAUUGAACGGUGAAGGAUGCGAGCCUUUCACGGCCGAGCCGUUUGAUUUCAGGUGCCCUGCUCAGUGCAGCUCCACCGUCCUUCAGAACCCCCGCGUUGUCGGAGAUAUCGAAGUCGACUUCCAGCCCUUAAUUGUCGGAGGCGGAGAUCCUAACCGCACUUACAGGGGCGAUAGUUUUAUCUGUGCCUCCGCCAUUCAAGCCGGCUUGAUCAGCGACUCUACAGGAGGAUGUGCAUCCGUCCAGUUGAUUGGUAACUUCUCUAAUUACUUACCCACCUCGGCGUUUGGCCUAUCUUCCAUCGGCUUUCCUUCGAACUUUCCCCUUUCCUUAGUUUUUAGCGCUCCUAAUGCCCUCAAGCAUUGUACCGACCUUCGGAAUCCUGCUCUUGCAUUCAACACUCUCAUCACUUGUUUGCUAUUCCUUGUGCUUCGUCCUAAACCCAUCGUGCUGUUUUGGUCCCUUCUCUGUAUAGGUUUCUGGCAUGUCACAUUAUUUUCUCAGCCACAAGCUACCCCCCCACCCCUUGAUGUUGCUUUCGGCGCUUUUCUUCCCUCCCUUUUCGUCGGCUACGCGUUCUGGCGGCUUGCCUUCCGCUUCACCCUCCCCGUCUUUGUCAAUGCACCAUUCGAGGGCAUGAUAUGGUACUUGGCUCCGUUCUGGACCGGAGUGUUGACUAACCUCACCAUGGACAAAAUACCCAUCGACCGGCUCACUCCUGCCGACAUCAAGGAACAGCCAGGGGGAGUCACUGCUCUGGUCAUCAUUGUCCUGAUAUUACUUGUUCUGGUGGUCAACCAGAUCCGUAUCAUUCGCAAAACUGGUUGGCUUCCAUACUAUGCCGGCUGGUAUAUUCUCGGCGGCUUGGUUGUGAUGGUACUCGCCCUAUUGCCUGGUCUGGAGUUCCGAUUGCAUCACUACGUAAUUGCUAUGGUCCUUAUACCGGGAACUGGUUUUCCAACAAGGCUUUCGGCCAUUUACCAAGGUUUCUUGCUUGGCAUGUUCUUGAAUGGAGUCGCAGCCUUUGGGUUUGACUCAAUACUGCAGACCGCAGCUGAUUUGGUUCGGGAUGGUCCAACAGGAUCAGCAUUGCCGUCAUUCGUUACAAACUCCACAACAUAUAACGCAACCAUCCCUCUUAGCAGUCAAGUACUAAACUGGGCUUCAAUCUCGGAUUCUGUUUCACAAGAAGGCUGGAGUACCUUUGCGCUCUUAGUCGAUGAUGUCGAACGCUAUUCAGGGACGGCGCUGAACUACUCGCUCCAAGGCCUGAAUGCAAGCUUACCUCAUUUCUUCCGGCUUGCUUUGCAAAGCAGUGAUACUGUUGGUGAUUUCACCAUGCCAGCCACUCUGUGGCCAAAUGGAACUUGGGUGGAUCCACUUCCCGGGUUCAUAUAUUGA